UCUGUCUCCUUCCCCUUGGCCCUGUGGGAGUUCCUGUCGCUGCUGCUGCUGGUCACUUGAGCUGCGGCUGUGGUCUUACUCUGCCCUGGUCACCUCCCCAGUGUAUUUGGGAGUCGGGGCCUGGGCCGAACCACUACAGGCUCCUAGAAGGUGAGCACGGACGGUAUGCAAAGUUGUGAACCCAGUGGCGACAGCGCGGAUGACCCUCUCAGUCGCGGCCUGCGGAGAAGGGGACAGCCUCGUGUGGUGGUGAUCGGAGCUGGCCUGGCUGGCCUGGCCGCAGCUAGAGCACUUCUCGAGCAGGGCUUCACCGAUGUCACUGUGCUUGAGGCUUCCAGACACAUUGGGGGCCGCGUACAAAGCGUGAGACUUGGACACGCCACCUUUGAACUGGGAGCCACCUGGAUCCAUGGGUCCCAUGGGAAUCCUAUCUAUCAUCUAGCAGAAGCUAAUGGCCUUUUGGAAGAGACAACGGAUGGGGAGCGCAGCGUGGGCCGCAUCAGCCUCUACUCCAAGAAUGGCGUGGCUUGCUACCUUACCAACCGUGGCCGCCGGAUCCCCAAGGACGUGGUUGAGGAAUUCAGCGAUUUAUACAACGAGGUCUAUAACAUGACCCAGGAGUUCUUCCGGCAUGGUAAACCAGUCAAUGCUGAGAGUCAGAACAGCGUCGGGGUGUUCACCCGGGAGAAGGUGCGCAAUCGCAUCAGGGAUGACCCUGACGACACAGAGGCCACCAAGCGCCUGAAGCUCGCCAUGAUCCAGCAGUACCUGAAGGUGGAAAGCUGUGAGAGCAGUUCUCACAGCAUAGAUGAGGUGUCCCUGAGCGCCUUUGGAGAAUGGACGGAGAUCCCUGGCGCCCAUCACAUCAUCCCCUCGGGCUUCAUGCGAGUUGUGGAGCUGCUGGCUGAGGGAAUUCCCCCACAUGUCAUUCAGCUGGGGAAACCUGUCCGCUGCAUCCACUGGGACCAGGCUUCAGCUCGCCCCCGGGGUCCUGAGAUCGAGCCCUGUGGUGAGGGUCACCACAAUCACGACACUGGGGAGGGUGGCCAGAGUGGAGAGAGUCCCCAGCAGGGGCGGUGGGACAAGGAUGAGCAGUGGCCGGUGGUCGUGGAGUGUGAGGAUUGUGAGGUGAUCCCAGCGGACCACGUGAUUGUGACGGUUUCACUGGGCGUGCUCAAGCGGCAGUACACCAGUUUCUUUAGGCCAUGUCUGCCCACGGAGAAGGUGGCUGCCAUCCACCGCCUGGGCAUCGGUACCACCGACAAGAUCUUCCUUGAAUUCGAGGAGCCCUUCUGGGGCCCUGAGUGCAACAGCCUGCAGUUUGUGUGGGAGGAUGAGGCGGAGAGCUGUACCCUCACCUACCCACCUGAGCUGUGGUACCGCAAGAUCUGUGGCUUCGACGUCCUGUACCCACCGGAGCGCUAUGGCCACGUGCUGAGUGGCUGGAUCUGUGGGGAGGAGGCUCUCGUCAUGGAGAAGUGCGAUGAUGAGGCCGUGGCUGAGAUCUGCACAGAGAUGUUGCGGCAGUUCACAGGGAACCCCAAUAUACCAAAACCUCGACGAAUCCUGCGUUCGGCCUGGGGCAGCAACCCAUACUUCCGAGGUUCCUAUUCAUACACACAGGUGGGCUCCAGUGGGGCAGAUGUGGAGAAGUUGGCCAAGCCCCUACCCUACACAGAGAGCUCCAAGACAGCGCAUCCUUUGAGAAGCAGUGCCAAGGUCCAGUCCUUCAGGAGGCUUUGUGGGGGUCUCCCAGACAUUGAACCUCUUUUCUGGACUUCCAGCACCUCACCAAACACCUUUCAUCACAUACGACACUGUUUAGUAACUGGGUUUCGUGUCUGGCUUCCCCACCAGCAUGGAAGCUCCACAAAGCAGCAGCCUGGUCACCUUUUCUCAUCCAAGUGCCCAGAACAGUCCCUGGACCCUAGUAGGGGCUCCAUGAAGCCCAUGCAGGUGUUGUUCUCCGGCGAGGCCACGCACCGCAAGUACUACUCCACCACCCAUGGUGCUCUGCUCUCCGGCCAGCGUGAGGCCGCCCGUCUCAUCGAGAUGUACCGAGACCUCUUCCAGCAGGGGCCCUGAGGGUGUCCUCACUGCCAAAUGUGUUCCUUAAAGAACCACUAACUUGUGACCGCUGGUCCUUUCCCUCGCCCGUGUACUCGUAAUUGCCUAAUUGUCUCUAGAAUGAAAUUUUAUCUUUUGUAGUGGACAGUGGGCUGGCUUUGCAGACCUGGCCCUGUAGCUUUUCUUUUUCUCCAGGCUGGGUAAUGACCAGGUGGAUUUGGCUUCCUGCUCCUUCCCUUCUCCCUGCCCUCUCCAUGUUAUUGCAAGUGCCUUCAAUACUUUGCAUUUUGGGAUAAUAAAAGAAGUGACCCUU